AUGCAGAAGGGCUAUCGUCGAGAGCCCCUCGAGCUUCCUGCAGCCUUGAUUGAUGCUGGCAAGCGCCGCCCCUUCCAUGCACGACUUUCGGUCUCAAGUCCAAGUUCGUCGCAGCGUUCAGCGCGUCACACGGCUAAGUGCGCUCCUCGCUUCGCUUCACUUCCUCACUUCGGCGGCAGUAAGCAAGAUGCGUUCACCCUACGGCAUGACACGCGACGCCCGCGGCUUCCCAUCGCGCGAAACCAGCUACAGCUUGACGGCUUUGCCUCGUCGACGGCCUCUGCCGGGCAGCAACUUCGACGUCACGGCGAUGAACAAUCCCACCGCAGUAGUGUGGGGACCGCCCGAGACCAGAAUAAUGACUCCACAGGCAACAGCAGCCUCCAUAGCGCCACGAGCACCAGCGGCGACGAAAGCAGCAGUGACGACGCGAAACCAACGGCGAAGAGACCACGGGCGCAACGCAACGGCAAGCGCACAGCGGAGCCCAAAGACGCUGCCAAGCCGCAGCGCAAGGAGCGCAAACCUACUCAUAUGCUGCGCAAGGAGCAGAAGAUGGAGCUGUUGGCACAAAUCGAGCAGUUACAGGGCCAACUGGAGAGUUUCAAGUCGCAGGCGAUCGUGUCGAAUGCGCUGCACGUCAAGAAGCACACGCAGGCGCCCGUGAUGAACGUGAUUCUACGCGACGCCGUGCAAUCCCGACAGUCGACGCUGGCCGACGUACAGGGAUUGAUGUCAGGCUACGUGCAGCAGCAACACGACAUCAGCCCCAUUAAUACGUUUAUAAAGCUCGGGCUGGACCGCAAAAAGCGGCAUCGCGAGCUGGUGGCCAUGAAACACGACAAACGGCAGCUGACGCACGAGUUCCUACUACGCCGAAGUCGCGGGCUCGAGCCGGGACGACAAUACUGUGAAGAAGAGCGGUUCGAGACGUCCAGAGGCGCCUACUGCGCGCUGAGAUUGCGAAUGUUGAGAUGA